AUCUUGAAAAGUGGCACAUUAAAAAUUUUGAAGGGAAAAUCUGUAGUCGACUUCUCUUUUGAUUGCGGGGAAGGAAAAGAAAAAGCUACUGUACGCUUUCUGGUUCCUCGAUCGAACCUUUCUUGUAUGCGAUCUCGUGUACGGCAAAUCAGCUCUCUUCUUGGAAACCUUAACCAAUUUAAGCAUCCAUGGCGACUCUUAAUGCUCUCACCUCUCACCAACUCUCUACACUGACUAAACCCGUCACACAAUCCCAAAAACGUAAAUCCUUUCCUCUUCUCUCUACCAGACGCUUCGGCAAACCCAAACCAUCAAACAAUUCACUCCUUUCAACCCAUAACAGAAAGACAUGGGCGAUUGGAUCGGUCACCGAGGACAGGGAAGUGGUUCCCCUCAAGGAUAGCCCUCCAAAGGACCAAGACAACCCUUCAUUCCUUAGUGGGUCUAAGGAGAAAGGAGAAGUUGAUGAUGAUAAAGAUAAGUUAUUGAGUAGAGCAAUUAAUGCUACUAUUGUUUUGGGUUUUGGGAAUCUUGCUGUCAGUAAGUUGCUCACUAUUGAUCAUGACUAUUGGCAUGGAUGGACCCUUUAUGAGAUACUAAGGUAUGCACCUGAACACAAUUGGAUUGCAUAUGAACAAGCUCUGAAAACAAACCCUGUUUUAGCUAAAAUGGCUAUCAGUGGGAUUGUCUACUCUAUAGGAGAUUGGAUUGCACAAUGCUAUGAAGGAAAACCACUUUUUGAGUUUGACCGGAUUCGCAUGUUUAGAUCAGGCAUUGUUGGGUUUACUCUUCAUGGAUCCUUGUCUCAUUAUUACUACCAAUUCUGUGAGGCUCUUUUUCCUUUUCAAGAUUGGUGGGUGGUCCCUGCCAAAGUCGCCUUUGACCAAACAAUAUGGGCUGCAGUCUGGAACAGCAUCUAUUUCACAGUGUUGGGUUUCCUGCGUUUGGAGUCCCCAGCAAAUAUUUUUAGUGAACUGAGAGCAACAUUUUGGCCUAUGUUGACCGCUGGAUGGAAGCUUUGGCCAUUUGCUCAUUUGAUUACUUAUGGUCUUAUCCCCGUUGAAGAGAGGCUUCUUUGGGUGGACUGUGUGGAACUCAUCUGGGUUACCAUACUCUCUACUUACUCAAAUGAAAAAUCAGAGGCUCGGAUAUCUGAAGCAACAUUAGAAGAAAGUGCAAAUUCCACAAGCAAUCCUACUGAGGAGUAAAUGAAUUGGAAGAUCAUGGCUAAAUGAGAAGGGUCUUGUGAUUGUUGUCAAUAGAUUAACCAACCAUAUCCGCCUUUCCGCGUCUUGAAACUAAACAUAUUACACUGGAAAUGUGCAUAUCAACAGCUUAAUCAGAUUACCGCCUUCACAGGAAUUUUUAUUUUGUUUUUGAAGUUGUGUAUGCUAUCACUGUCAGUUCAAAUUGAGAGAAAGUGGCAAGAUUGAUUCAUUCUUUGUACCAAGUCAUGCAAAUACAGAAUAUUUGAUACCAAGGAAGAAUGUAUAUAAAACAUUAUAAUUGUUCAUUUUA